UAUUUAUUAAUUUUUUUAAAUUAAAUACAUUGCAAAAUUAUUUGCAAUGGUUAAGAAUCGUCGCUUUGAAACUGAAGCCGCUGCCUUUGGUGUGCGUCAUUGGCAGAUAUUUCAUUUGUUCUGCGGCCUGACCGUGGGAUUCGCCAUGCGCGUGAACUUCUCCGUAGCAGUGGUGGCCAUGACAGAUCCCGCAAUCAAUCCCAAUUUUCCGAUCUAUCCAAUGUCGGAAAAGACAAGAUCUUGGGUGCUGAGUAGCUUCUUUUGGGGCUAUGUGGCCACUCAAGUGCCUGCUGGGGCCUUGGCUCGACGCUUUGGUGGCAAAGUCACACUGCUGACGGGAGUUUCCAUCUGCUCGUUGCUGAAUAUAUUAACGCCAAUGUGUGCCAAGCUGGGCGGUUGGCCCUUGCUGUGCGGUCUGCGUUUGAUUGAAGGCCUAAGCCAAGGCGUUUUCUUUCCCUCCACACACACUAUAAUCUCCGCCUGGAUACCACCCAGAGAGCGCGGCUCUUUGGCUACAUGCGCAUACACGGGUGGACAGUUUGGCACGAUUAUUAUGUUGGCUACAAGUGGAUUGCUGGCGUCCUCAGCCGGCGGCUGGCCUAGCAUUUUCUACGUAUCUGGUGCCUGUGGAUUCGUUUGGGUGCUUGUCUAUUAUAUUUGGGGUGCUAGCACGCCCAAGGACUCAAAGAGCAUUACGGCGGAAGAGCUGAAGCUCAUUGAGCAGGCGCAGAGCAGUGAGCUGAGCUCUGUGGCCCAACAGCCCAACAAUCGCCAGGCCAUACCUUGGAUGCGUUUCUUCAGCUCCGGACCAUUCUUGGCACUCACAGCCGUGCACGCUGCAUCUGCCUGGGGCUAUUGGACUAUGCUCAUGCAAAUACCCACUUACAUGAACAACAUACUGGGCAAGGACAUCAAGUCAAAUGCGCUGCUCUCUUCCCUGCCGUACAUUGCGAACAUACUGCUCAGCUUUGUGUUUGUUUGGAUCUCCAGAAUAAUGGAGCGCAACAAGUCCAUAUCGCUGGGCUUUAAUCGCAAGUUCUUCAACUCUAUUGGGCAGUAUAUACCGAUGUGCCUGCUAAUUGCAGUGGGCUAUGUGCCCAAGGAGCAGGACACUUUGGCAGUGGUGCUCAUCACACUUAUUGUGGGCAUUAACGCAGCCUGCCAUUUAGGCUUCCAGGUGAAUCACAUAGAUCUCUCGCCCAAUUUCGCGGGCACGCUGAUGGGCAUAAGCAAUGGCUUGGCUAGCAUCAUGAGUCUAAGUGCUCCACUGCUAGUGGGCGUGAUUGUGACCGAUAAGCACAAUGUGGAUCAGUGGCGCAUUGUUUUCUUUGUGGCUGCGGCUAUUUAUUUCGUUGGCAAUGGUCUGUUCGUGGUUUUCGGGCGCGCAAAUGUGCAGCCUUGGAAUGAUCCAACGUCCAAGUCUCGUCGAGACUCCAGACCUCAUGUGGAGUCGCACAAACUUGAGCAAGUUGAAAAGUGUUAGGCAGCAUCGAUAUAAGCAAUAUCAAUUAUAAGUAAAUAAAGUUAAGCAGU